AAAACAGCCUAAGGUAUGAACUCAACUGGAACUCUAGUACGAGACACAUUCAGCACUGCAUUUGCAAAGAAUUUCAUUUUGACUGGAGUGUGGCUGUGCCUGAGCUAUAUCAAUAUUAGCGUGGUGGCAACCUUCUUUAGAAACCAGAUCUUUUAUGAGGAUCCACGCUAUAUUCUCUUCAUUCACAUGGUCAUCAACGAUGCAGUGCAACUGACUGUAACUGUGAGCCUGUUCGUAGUGAGCUACAUUUACUACACUAUCAAUGUAUCUGUCUGCUGUGUCAUUAUUCUUGUGGCUGUCUUUACCACACGCAACACACCUGUAAACCUGGCUGGUAUGGCUGUUGAACGCUACAUUGCCAUUUGUGAGCCUCUACGUCAUGCCCAGAUAUGUACUGUACGGCGCACCUAUAUUCUCAUUGGCUUUAUCUGGUUCAUCUGUAUAGUGCCUGAUAUCACUGACCUCUUUAUAACUCUGGCUACGGAACCCAUCAGCUUCUUCUAUAGUUCUGUAAUGUGUAUGCGCCAGAAUGUCUUCAAAGACCCAGUGCUUCUGUACAAGAGGCAAGCCUUUGAUGCAAUAUACUUCUCUUUAGUAUUCCUCACACUAGUCUAUACAUACCUGAAGGUUCUGUUUGCAGCCCGGGCAAUCUCUACUGAGAAAACAUCAGCCCAAAAGGCAAGAAACACUAUUUUGCUUCAUGGAGUUCAACUUCUCAUGUGUAUGCUCUCCUAUAUUUCUCCCAGUGUUGAGGUUGUCCUAAACAUUAUCUUCCCUGGACGUAUCCUGGAAAUCCGUUAUGCCAACUAUCUCAUUGUCUACAUCAUGCCACGUUUUCUAGGUCCAAUCAUAUAUGGAGUCCGAGAUCAAAAGUUCUGCAAGUACCUGAAGAGGUAUUUUAUAAUUGUUCAGUGCAAAUCCAGCACAAGAGUAGACAGCCAAGAGGAAGAUAAUUAAACUAACAUAUUUUGUCAU